AUGGCCUCUGCGACCGACCUGAUCACGUACAUCGGUGUCCCCCUCGCCGUCAUAGGAGUGAUUCCCACCAUCUUCACAUGCGCCAAAUCCCUGGUCACGCUCCGUUCGAUCCGCAGGCUUCUCGACGACAACGGCACACCGGCAAUCACACGAAGCACGCUGCUGUCCGGGAUCGUCGAGGUGGAAAUACCGCGAAAGAGCAUCAUCCCGCUCGACCGCGCGGACCCAGCAUACUUUGAGCUGAACCCGUGCCCGUCGCGACUGAGGGGCGGCAGCUGGACGAUAUUGAAUUGGAAAGAGCUGAUUAUCGGCGUCAAGGCGUACAGGGUGCAGUAUCACGACGAGCUGUCGCAGCCGCAGGCGGAGGUGGGCUUUGAAGCCCUGCUUGCGUUUCUACUGGAUCGGGGCGCGGUGCCGAGCGUGGCCGGUUUCAGCGACCUGCGCAGCUCAGGCCUGUGGACGCCCGCCGGGACGAAGCUGUUGCUGUCUCCCGUGACGGCAGACCCCGUGCUGACGGUCGCGACGGCCAGCGACUCGGACGGGAUCCUGUCGCUCUGCCUGGACUGGCGGCACGAGUGGGAUAGGCGGACCUGGGAGUCUCUCCCGCCGUACUGGAUCCGACUGACCUCGUCCCACGAGGCAGCCCAGAUCCGAGCCGCCAUCAAGGGCAUCCAGCCGGACGCGUCAAAGCCCGAGCCGGCAGACCCCAGCACGACCACCACGUUCUCCCCCGACCGCCGUCCCAGCGCAACAGACAUGCUCUCCACGCUUCACGACUCCCUCACCUCCUUCCGCCUCCGCAUCGGCUCCUCGGGCGUCGAGGAAAGCUACCGAGAAGACGACCCGAAGCACCGGCUCGCCCUCCCCCACCUACAGUCCCACCUCCCCUCGGACACGCGCCCAAUGUGGUUCUCCGUCGGCUGCACCGCUCUCGGCGCCCCACGCGGCGGCCUCUGGAGCUACGCAAUCCCAGACGACAUCACGCAGCUCGCACGGCGCGAGACGGUGCCAUGCGGCGUAAUGGUGCUGCUCGGCCUGCUAGACGACGACGCGGUGCCGGCAUGGCGCACGCCCUACGACGACGCGCUCGAGCGCCUGAAGCAGCAGACCAAGCUCAUGGACCGCGCGCGGCAGAUGAGCGCGGAGAACCAGCUCAGUCCGGCGGAGAAGGUGCGGGCGCAGCAGGCGCGCGUGAGCAAGGAGGCGUGGGAGUUUCACAAUGAGAUGCGCGAGCGGCAGAUUGAGCGCGAGCGGCGGGUCGAGCAGGAGUUGACGGAGGCGCUGACGAGCCAGAGGUUGGCGAUUGGGCCGGUGGCGGAGGCGUGCCGGGCGUGGCUGGUGCGGGAGGGCCAUGUGCCGGGGGCGGAGGCGGAGACGGGGUUUGCGGCGAUUGUGGAGCAGGUGUUGUAUUGUAUGAUUACGAGUGAGGGAGUGGGGUGGAAGAUGGCGGGGAUGCUGGAUCGGUGGCGGAGCUGGGCGGAGAGCGGAGGGAUGGCGAGGCCGACGUAUCGGGCAGUGGCGGAGGAUGUGGUGGUGUUUGGGUUUGCGGCGUGUGUGUUGUGGGUGGUUCGGGAGGCGGCGAUGCAUGAGGCUGGGGCGGUGGUGUCGGACUUGCAGGAGUGUGUCCGGAUCUGGCGGAAGGUGCGGCUGGGGUAA